CGGCUGAGGGGGCCCGGCUGAGGGGGCCCGGCUGAGCGGCCUGGCUGGGCCAUGGCCGCACCGCGCCCCUAGGCAGCACCCGGCACGGCCCUGCCCGGCACGGCACCCGCCAUGCCCAGCGGCGCCGCCGCCGCCGAGCCCGCGGAGACGCCGCCGCCGCCGCCGCUGCCGCCGCUGCGCCUCCCCCCGCGGGCGCCGCUGGUGCUGCUCCGGCAGCGCCUGGCCGGGCUGGGGCUCCGCCACGGCGAGCGGGAGGGCGAGGAGGGAGAGCCCGAGCUGCAGGAGGAGCUGAUGGCGGGGGAGGACGAGGAGGAGGAGGAAGAGGACGAGGACGAGGAUGAUGAUGAUGAGGAUGAUGAGGAAGAGGAGGAGGAGGAGGAAGGCGACGCGGCCGCGCUGCUGCUGCUGCCCCCGCCGUGCCCGCCGGCGCUGCCGCCGGUGCCGGGGCUGUGCCCGGCGCUGCUCCCGGGGCUGGGCGCGGCGCGGAGCGGGGCCCGCGGGGCCGUGGCGGCCGCGCUGCCCGCGGGGUGCCCCGGGGCCGGGUCCGAGCCGGCCGCCCUGCUCCGCAGGAGGAGCGUCAACACCACCGAGUGCGUGCCCGUGCCCAGCUCCGAGCAUGUGGCCGAGAUCGUGGGGCGGCAGGGCUGCAAGAUCAAGGCGCUGCGGGCCAAGACCAACACGUACAUCAAGACGCCGAUCCGCGGGGAGGAUCCGGUGUUCGUGGUGACGGGCAGGAAGGAGGACGUGGCCAUGGCCAAGCGGGAGAUCCUGUCGGCGGCCGAGCACUUCUCUCUGAUCCGGGCGUCGCGCGGCAAGGGGCCGGCGCCGGGCUGUGCUCCCGCGCUGCCGGGGCAGACCACGGUGCAGGUGCGGGUGCCCUACCGCGUGGUGGGGCUGGUGGUGGGGCCCCGGGGGGCCACCAUCAAGCGCAUCCAGCAGCAGACGCACACGUACAUCGUGACGCCGAGCCGCGACAAGGAGCCGGUGUUCGAGGUGACGGGCAUGCCCGAGAACGUGGACCGGGCGCGCGAGGAGAUCGAGAUGCACAUCGCCGUGCGCACCGGCAGCUUCGUGGAGCUGCUCAGCGAGGAGAACGACUUCCACUGCAACGGCACCGACGUCGGCUUCGAGGGCGGCGCGGCCGCCUGGGCCGGCCCCACCCCGGCCCCCGCCUGCGCCAGGGCGGCCUCCGGGUACCGCAACGACAGCUCCAGCUCCCUGGGCAGCGGCUCCACCGACUCCUACUUCGGGAGCGGCCGCCUGGCCGACUUCAGCCCCACCAGCCCCUUCGGCGCCGGCGGGUUCUGGUUCGGGGAGGCGCUGCCCUCGGCGGGCGCGGAGGACUCGGUGUCCCUCGACUCCCCCGCGUUCGAGCCGCUGCCGGCCCCGGCCAUCUGGGCUCCCUUCGAGCCCGUGAGCCCCCUGCCCGGCCGCGGCCCUGCCCGGGCCCCACGCCAUGGCAGCCAGCCCUGCUCGCCGCCCCGCCUGUCGCCCACCGCCCCCGAGGAGCACCCGCCGGCCCGCGGGCUGCCCGUGCUCACCCCCCCCUUCUCCAACGGCACCAACAGCUGCUCCUCCUCCAACGGCUCCGCCUCCAGCUCGCCCCCGGAGGGGCAGCAGCGCCGGCACGACUGCGUGCUCUGCCUCCAGGGCGAGGUGGUGGCCGCCCUGGUGCCCUGCGGGCACAACCUCUUCUGCCUGGACUGCGCCCACAGGCUGUGCGAGCGCCGCGCGCCCGCCUGCCCCGUGUGCCAGGCCGCCGUCACUCAGGCCAUUCAGAUCCACUCCUAGGCGGGCGGGGGCCUCGAGCUGCCCCUCUGUCCCCUCCUGCUGCCCCUCUGUCCCCUCGAGCUGCCCCUCUGACCCCCCGGGGUGUGCGGGUCGGGCCGAGCUCCUGCUCCUCCUCAGGCUGAACCCGGGCGGUGUGUCCGGCUGAACCGUGUCUGCUGCGGCAGCGCAGGGCGGGGAACGGCUCAGACAGACAGACAGACAGACGGACAGACAGACAGAACAGCAACUCAGAGUUACCCCAGGGCGUCCCAGGGGGUCUCUGCUGGGCGUGUCUGGCUCCCGGGAACCCCCGGGGGCAACAGGGAGCCAGGGGAGGGCUUGUGGCAUUCCCGGUGUGUCCAACAACACUUCCAACGCUGCCUUCUCUACCACUGCCAGUCCCGAGAAACAAACAGACAAACGAACAAACAACAACAAAAGCAGGUUUGGGGCGAACGUUUCAGGGUCGGUUUUGUGGUUUUAUUUCCUCCCCCCCACACACACACACCCAGCUUUGUAGGAGGACUCAGACGCCCGGUUCUUGGGCGUCCCAAAAACCCCCCCGGGGCUCCGGGUUUGGGUUCGUUUGGGGUUUUUUGGGGUUUUUUUUUUUUUCUUCCUUUUUUUUAACAGUUUGAUUUUCUGAAACGGGGGAGGGGGGGGUGGAGAUAAAUGGUGGUGAGCUGGGGGGAGGAGAGAGCUGCCCUGAUGUGCUCCUGCCUCGCUGGGAGCUGGGAGGAGGAUCCCGGGCGGGGAAUUCCUGCCUGGAGGAUCCCGGGUGGGGAAUUCCUGCCUGGAGGAUCCCGGGCUGGGAAUUGGGAAUUCCUGCCUGCUGAUGGUGGAAGAGGAGGCAUCGCCCCGUUCCUGGGGUGCACACGGUGAGGGUGCUGACAUUCCGUGCCCUGGUAGGUCCCCAUCGAGCUUUGUUUGUCUUUUCAAAUUACCUUUUUUUUUUUUGGUUUUGUUUUGUUGUUUUGGUUUGGUUUUUUUGUUUGUUUUGGUGGUUUUGGGUUUUUUUUUGGGGGGACGCAGAUCAAAAUGUGAAUCCUCUUCUUCCCGUCCGACCCACGCCCGUCUUGCACAUGUUUAAAUAUAUAUAUAUAUAUAUAUAUACACUUUAUUUUUGGUAAGGAAAAAGGAAAAAAAGAAAAAGGGGGGGGUGGGACCCGCAGUCGGGUUGGCUUCGUUUCAAAAGCAUCUUUUUUCAAUCGCCAGUUAAAAAAAAAACCAAAAACACCAAAAAACGAGCUCUCUUGAAUCCCCCUUCCUGCCUUUCAGCCUGGGGAUGUCUCUGGAUUUUUUUUUGGUAUUUUUGCAUCCUCAGUCCCCAGAUCCGUGCUGGCAUGCACAGUUAAAACAAAAACAAAACAAACAAACAAAAAACAGAUGAACAAACAAAAAAAGACACAAAGCGAAGUUCUGGCUGAUUUUUUUUUUUUUAGAAUUUUUUUUUUGGUUGGUUGGGGGUUUUUUUAGAAUUAUUACUUUUAGAAUUGUUAUUUUUAGAAUUAUUAUUUUUAGAAUUAAUUAUUAUUUUUAGAAUUGUUAUUUUAGGAUUUUUUUUUAUUUUUUUUAUUUUUUUUUUUUUAGGGAAGCGUUAUUUUUUUUCCCCGAUGGGGUUGGUUUGUUUUUUUUUUUUAAAAAAAAAGGUUUAUUUUAUUUUAUUUCCUUGGUAUGGCCAAAAAAAAAACCCAAAACAAAACAAAAAACCAAAACAAAAAACCCCACAACCCCGCACAAGAAAAAAAAAAGAAGAGCAAAAUAAACGAAAUCGACGCCGCAUAAAUAAAACAGAUAAAUUUUAUUUUUUAUUUCCGCUCGCGUUUCGUAGAAAAGUUUACAGGCAGAAAAAAAAAAAACGACAAAAAACAAAAAUUACAAAAAAAAAAAAAGGUUUUUAUUUUAACGGUUUUCAGCACAAAAAAAUAAGACAGAGAGAGAGAGGGAGUUGCCUGGACAGACAGACCUUCACGAGCACGUUUUGUGUUUUCACACGGCAAAAUGACAAAGCCAAGGAGACCUGUUGGGUGCACUGUUCCUGUAAAACCACGGAGAACAAAGCAUCCAGUCCAAGUUCAGCGUUUUGCUGAUUUUGCUACACUUUUUUUUUUUUUUUUUUUGGUACGUGUAGGUAGGGAGGUCGUAGGGAUUACUGUUGUUAUUAUUAUAAUUAAAAAAAAAUCGAUUUGAGUAAAGUUUAAGAGAGAAGAGAAAAAGAAAAAAAACAAAAAAACACACACACACACAAAAAAAAAUAUAUUUUAUGAUAAAUGGGCCUUUGACUUAAUGACGGCCAAAGCACUGAUAUUAUUAUUAUUAUUAUUAUAAUUAUUAUUAUUAUAUAUUUGCUGUAAAGAGAAAUUAUAAGAGUUUUAUUUUUCUGAUAUUAAAAAAAAAAAAAAAAAGUUACUUAAUAAAGACUCGUUUCCAUGA